GAGCCGGACCCAUUUGUCCACCGCCUCCAUCCUAAUAUAUAAUAACACCAAACACAAACACAAACACAAACAAGCAAUACGCUCUCUGCUCUCUCUUUUUCAUAGUCGUCCGUUUGUUUGGCUUGCGUCGCUCUGUUUCUAUCCGAUCCUCUCUUCGCAAAGCAAAUUGCAAAGUUGGCCAUGUCGAAUUCCAGAUUUUCAACACCGAAAUCAUCAUCCUCUUUGUCUCCACCUUCUUCAUCUACAUUCUCACUACCAUCGAGUGAUGAAGAUUCUCUUCCAUACCAGAAAUUUGCUUGUAUUCUCGUACAAGGUUCUCGUAUGGCUUUGGAGUGGUAUGUCUUUAACAUCUCCGACGAUGUUGAGCACAAUCAGGCUCCUCCUCCUCCUGGUCCUAGUCCGUUUCUACAAACAAUAUUUCAUCCAAACUCCCACCAGCAGCCGAAUAUCAAACCUGCAGUGAUUGUACCUUCAGGAAGGAAGUGUUCCGUUUUAGGAUCCAACAACACUUUAUACCAUAUAGCUGGCCGCGAUUAUUGUGCUUCUGGACGCGACGAUUUAGUGUCUCGCUUUGACCUUACCAAUACCAAAAAAUCUAGGCAAGAGUUUCUUCCUCCAAUGCCUUAUGGCGUGUCGUCAGCGCAUGCCCUCUUUCUUGGCAACAAGCUUUAUUGCCUAGGUGGUUAUCAAGAAAACAAACCCUGGGCCAUGGCUUACGACUUGAGUCUUGAUAGAUGGGAUUCUCUAGUGGAUCCUCCUCGCCGUCCCAAAAAUAUUGAUAAUAGUUUUUCAGUGGCUUUAGAGGUCCCAACCCCAACUAUUGUGGUGGGUUCAACUUUGCAGUCUUCUCCUCUCCAAAUCUAUGAUGUGCAUACCAAGUGUUGGAGACGACAUGAGUUUAUAAACAAGGAUGGCUUUUAUCUUUUCCCUCGGGGACAACCUGUGGCUGUUGAUAGCAAGUUUUAUUGGUAUGAAUUCAACUAUCAAUGCCUAGCUGCAUUUGAUGUGGUCACAAACGAGUGGUCAUUGGCCUAUGUCCCUAUACAUGACAGUCAUGAAUGUCUAUUGGAUGGAGAGAUCGAUUCACCUCCGCGCUUGGCUCAUCUAGCCGGUGAUGAUUUCUGCUUGUUUUGGGAAUCCCCCUGCCAGCAUUACGAACCUGGUGCCCCUCGUGACAGCGUCACAUCUCGCCUUCACUGCCUGAAGUUUCGUAUUUCCAAAGUUCACCCAAAGCAAGGAUCAACUUUUCGCUUGGAUGCCUCUAUCCUGUCAUGCCAAUCCUACGUUGUGCCUUGGGUAAAGCUCUUUCUUGAUGGCUUCGUGGGGGACGGUCAUUUGGAUUUGGGAUACAACUGCUUGAAAGUUUGACAACAUGAGUGGUAUUUUUGUGUUUGCCUUUUUUUCAUUUUCCCCUUUUGAUUCUAUGGAACAAGAUAUUAGUGCUGUAAUCCUUUUUUUUUUUGGUUAAUUAGUGAAGUAAUCCUUUUGUAACCUCCUUUUAUUCUUUUGAUAGAAUAUAGUUGCAUUGAGUAUUGUGGGUAUGCAUACUUUUCCUUACUACCUGCUCUUUUCUAAAUUCAUGAAUUUGUUGUUGGUGGUGGAAGGGGAGGGUGUGAAUUGAGGAGGAUUACCUCAGAAUUUUUUAUUUAAGUGUUGCUGCAGUGGUUAAUAAAUAUUCUCAGUUGUGCAAUGCACAAGGUAACU